ACGGCGGGAGGAGGAUGCGCUGUGUUUCGUCUGCCGGUUUAAAAAAAAUGCCCUUAACAGUGCUGACAGAAUAUUGAUCUUCAGUUGAAAAGGGAGAGUUGUUAUAAUCCGGGAAAAGUGGUUAUGAAAUCGAUUGCAAAACGGUUGCUUUAAUGCACAUUGAAAGUGAUAUGCGAAGUCUUAUUCUGAGAGGUUCGAGUCUCCAUGAAGAAGAGUCACGAGGUGCAAAGAGCCGUAAUACCUUAAAAUGCAACAGCGCAGCCGCGUCUCGCCGGACGAGGAAGGCUUCCCGGCGUCCCCUCUGGGCCCCUCGUUCCCCUCACUCCCCUCGAGGGACGGCGAGAGCGGGGAGAUCCUUGGGGACAAAGUGGUGGCCCUGAGAAGGGCUCCUGAAUCUCCCCGGCGCCUACGCCUCCGGCCGGGCGUGCCCCGGGACAGGAGCCAGCCCGGCCACUACUCUCUGCUGAAGCAGCACCAGCAGUUCAGCGGCUUCAGGAUUCGGGACGCCCUGGCUCAGCAGGGAGGACUCAGGCUGAGGAAGGGCAGCAUGACCUACAGCAGGGGAGCCGCGCCUCUGCUGCAGCCUCAGUACCAGAUUCGCGUUGAGAUGGAGGGCGGCGUGGCCGUCCGCCAGACGGCCUUCCCGAAGGGGCCUCGGCAGUGGCACGAAGAGUGGGGCCAAGUGCGCUUUCGGCCGCCCUUCCGCGUCCCUCGGGAGAGCCUGCCGGAGUCUCAAAUCUGUCUACCGAUCAGAAAACCCGAUGAAAUAUGUGUUAACAUCUGGGAGGAGUUUUUGCUGGGAACGAGUGUCUUGAGAAAGAACGGAAAGCACAUCGUGGACGAGCAGACUUGGUUGAAAGACAUCCGCCGACACCUGGAACGGAUCCUACCCAAGAUUUUAGUAGACAUGUUGUUGUACACGACCUUUUUCGUGCUUUUUUUCAUGUCGUGCUUGACGUACAACAUGUUCUGGCAGCUCGGGUGUUACAUAUUACUACGAGGCCACUUGUCCAUUCACGAGCGUGCGUAUGAGAAUGGCAUCGACCUUGAAUUCACGGGGAGUGUGUUCCAAGGUCCUGCCUAUGCUUGCGUCAGAACCUGGUGUCAACAUUGCAUACACAAAGAAAAUGCCAAAGUGAUUAGCCGGUUAAUGAAGAAAAUGAAAUCGGAUAUACUGACUUUUAAAAAACUAUAGAAAUAGUAAACAGGUGAAAUAACUGGAUAUAUCUUAAACGUUAUUAAUGAAUAUGUUAAGUAUCAUUGUUUCUGAAUACAUACAUUCAGACAGUCUAGUCAAUAAAUAAUCAUAUAUUCA